UGCAAAAAUAUUUUAAUUUCGCGGAAAGUCGGAUUAGAGCGAACCCAUACGUCCCCUUCGCUGUACAACCAACACACACCAAUUUUAUCCAGCAUGAGAAACGAACGCAUAGCUAGACGAAAGCGUGUGCACCACUCAUGAUUGUAACUUCAUUGAGCUGAAAUCAGUCAUGAUUUGGAUAUCGUGCUGAUAACACACAAUGAGACACGUUUCACAGCGAAUCGAAACACAGAUAAAAAAAAUUGACGAAAUUUUCGUUACAUUCACAACGCCCGAUUGCUUACGCUCGAUCUAGUGCGUUCGACAGAUAAUGUUUUGAUAAAAUUUACUAUUCAGUCAGUUUUCGCAUUUCAAUGGAAUUUAAAUGGAAAAAUAAAAUAGAGAUAGAAAAAGUGUGCAUUUUCUGCAUUUUAUUAUUGAAAUUCGAAUGCAAAUUGGGCUCGACGGCGGUCAUAUAAUAAAAACAGCAUAAAGACAAAAAAAAACAGCCGAACACAAGUUUUUCAUUGUACAAAAAAAAAACUCAGUGUUUUUUCUUCGCAUUUUGAGUUUUGAAUCAUUCGCCGCGAACAUUCACUUCGAUAAAAUCUGGCUGAUUAAUUUUUAAUUCAACCAAUGUGCAAAAGUUCUACGAGUUUUUUUUUUUACAACGAACUCAUAGUUUUAUUAUCCCAAUCUUAUUACACGAUCUGUUGGAAAUUGAUUCAUUGGCAUUUUUAUGCAUUAAUUUUUUUUGUUCAUCUCGGUUCGUCUGCAGCUACUGCUGCUUUUUGUUGUUUUGCAACUGUGGCUGCAGCCAUGUGUCCAGUGUAAAAGUGUAUGAGUAAGUGUGCUGUAAGUGAAACAAACGAGAGAACGGGGAUAUUUUGCUGCAGAAAAACAAACAACGCGAUGGCAAUGAAAACAGUGACACAAAUACAAUGCACAAUAUUCCAUGCAGACAGCUCCAAAUGGAAAAUGUAAAAUGGCACAUCGCAAAACAGAUAAAUGUUUUCCGAUGGCAGUGAUGUUUCCUGUGUGAAAAAGUGUGUAUCUGGAGACUCAAAGCUGGCACAAGCGGUACAAUAAAUAGAAAAGGAGAAUCUCUCAUUUCUCUCUACGCUCUCUAUUAGAUGUCUCAAUCAUCAAAUGAAUACGACAAUUUCGAAUCGAUGAACAAAAUGAAGUGAAGCGGAAAUAUUUAGCAACGAACAAGCAAACAGACGCACCAACCAACAAGACGAUGAUUUUGAACCAUUUUUUUUUCAAGUUUCCGUAUUAAGUGUCCGGAAGUUCGUAAUUGGGAGAAAAACAUAAAAAUAGAGAGUCAGAGAUAAAGGCCGGUUCAUCAUCAAACACAAUACAUAAAAUAUCAUUUCUAAUGCCAAAUGUAAAUAGGAAAAAAAUGAAAUCAGCCCUUUUGUACCUAGAAACACGCUCCAGAGGUUCAACAAACCGAUGUUGUCGUAUUGUUCAUGCCAAAAAUGUGGCUCUAUCAGGUGCCAUUUAUACACUGAAUGUAUCGAUUUUUGUUGUUCUUGUGUAUGUCUGGAGAAUCAGCAUGAAUAUGAAAAAGACAAAUGAAUUGGGGGACGUUUAUUACGGUGUUCAAAUAGCGUAUUUUAUCAUAAUUGGCACACAGUUAUCGGUGAUUGUGCUGAGCAUUGCGCUUAUAUAUGGAAUUUAUCGGGAAAACUGCGCUUUUGUUGUACUAUGGGUAAUUGGUUUUAUCACUUUUAUGGCCUUAGAAGCUGUAGCAAUGGUUUAUUCCAACGUGCUCAGGGAUCAUGUUAAUCGUCAAUUUGACGCAAUUUGCAAAGCGGAAGUGGCACUUUUCAUUACAAGAGCUUUUAUUAAUGCGAUUGCGGUUUGGGGUGUGUUACGCUUCUAUCAUAGUGUUCGGGCUGGCGUUACAUGGAAAGGUUCGGAUGUGAUCGAGCUUUGAUAUCAAAGAGACUCUAUGGAGGAGUCAAACGAUUUAUCAAAUCAUCAUUCAAACGAACACAUUUUCUGUGGAUUUCGACGACGUAGUUCGCAGACAACGAUUUCCGAGCACUUUUACUAUGGCAUGGAUGAGAGUAGUGAUCAAACCGCAAACAGUGAAGAGGACGACAAAUACGAUGAAAAAAUCGUAGGCAAAGGUGAUUGCGAAAGUGUCUUGCACUAUUCAUCGAAAUGUCAAAAGGGCAGUGGGUGGCUCGGUGGCAACGUUGUAACACAAUUAGAUAGAAAUGAUGGCAAUGACAACGUUUUUCGUAACCGUUCAGAACGGAAAAAGUACUAUUAUCAUGCGGUGUCAAGAUCAAUGCCAAUCGAAGAAGAAAAUGAAAUAUCAGCCGGCCCAUCAACAGCAACAACAACUUACUUGUUUCCGGACACAAGCACCAUCAACGUUGAAAAUGCAACAACAAACUUAUCCACGGACAAUGCGAAGGAUAAGCACAUUAUCAUCCACGUCAAUGAAUUUGAAUCCGAAAAUGACGACGAGGAAUACUGCUCUAGCAAUAAAUCUAUAUUCGAGAAUGAUGUGUCGCUGGCUGCUUACGAUAGUAGUAACGCCGUUUCUUCUGUGUGACGAAUGAAUCGAUCGCAUGAGCUUUGGAUUCAUUUAAUUCAACGGAACUGCCAAUAAAUUCAAAACAAAAUCAUCACAGAACGCAUCAGAAAAACCGUAAAGCAAAGCAACACGAAAGAAAAACAUAGACUAAGCUAAAAAUUUAAGCGUAAAAUACUUGUACAAACAUGUACAUGAAAUAUCAUUUUAGAUUACGGCUACGGCAGAAAAUAGCAUGUAUGUUCUUAGUCAUGUUGGUGUAUGUGUUUUUUAAAAGUCUGUUUCAUAUUCUAUGCGUUUUUUUUUUGUUUUCAUCCAACUGGGCAAAUUUUCAUGAAACGCUCAUAGGAGCAAUCAAUCGACUUGAACUACCACACUCCAAUUUUGUAACAAUGGAUUUAUGUUCUCUAGGGUAAUAAGCAACCCGCGCACAGAAAGUAAAUUCAGUAAAUUGGCGAUGUUUCUGUGCGAUUUUACACUUUACUACAUAUAUAUGGAGGUUUUACGACAGUGUGUCUCUAACAUGUAGUAAGCUCAUGGCAAACCUUUUUUUUAUACUGCAGCAGAAUCUGAAUAAUAUGUGGCCAAUGUGUGCAGUUGCCAAAAAUAUCUGUGACGUACUGAAUUUUCUUGGAUUUCAACCAAGGAUGCGCAGCUGCAUCUCUAAGCCACGAGUAUACACUCCAAUACAAGUUGAUGUUUUGCAAUAGCUGCUCGAUUACUUUGUUGAACUAUUAUGCUUUAUUUCAAAGUCGGGCUAUGUUAGAGCAAGUGUUCUAAAACUUCAACCAAUAUCAGUUGAAUAUAAAGCUGGGCUAAGAGAUGACAUCGACCGUACAACCGAAACUCGCUCUCGAUUUAUGGAAAUAUGAACCGUUGAGAAUGAGAGCAAAACAUAAAAAUUUGUGUAAAAAAAGGAACUUGCGAAAAAGAAACAUAUCGUUGUUGUAAUCACAUGCUACAAACGAAAUUCCUGAUGGUUCGUAUGAAAUCUAUGAAACAUACAAAAAUGGAGACGAUUCAUUUAUAGAAAGGUUAAAUCAAUCAAUGUUGCUAGAAUUCACAAUGAACAUGUAACGGUGUAUAAAAUAAACUUAAUAUUGAAAUGUCAUAUGUGUCACUUUGAGAAUUAAAAACUCGUGUCAAGUCGAACUGUUUU